AUUAAUAAAAAAAAUAAAUUUUUAUUUUAUUAAAUAUUAAUUAAUACUAGAGGACUACACCCAAAAAGUCACUACCAACAUUCUGAAAAGAAGAUUCUGCCCCUUCCCCAUUUACGAAACGUCAAAUCAGUGCAAAAUACAACAAUAAUAAACACGAUGAAAUUAAAUCGAAACGUAUUGAACGUGUAAUAAAUCAAGCCAAAAUGGAAUUAUUUAGAUCAGAGUCAUUUUAUAUAUUCGUUAGAAAUGAAUCAAGUUUGUGGUGGAACAGGACAACAGGGGCAUUUUCAGUGCGAUCAGCAUGGGAUAUGUCGGAUAUUGAGGAUAUUGAGUGUUUGGGGAUCACAGAUGGGAUUUUGGGCAAGGUGGAACACACAAAUAUAUUCGAGCCUCGUCUGAUGAUAAUAAAAGAGAGUGCUCCUGUGGGAACCAUAUACUUCCAUCACUCAAUAUAUAAAAUUAAAUCAGUAUGUUUUCUGAACAUGGGGCCCGUGAAUCAGGAGAUAGAGUUGACUCCUUGCACUAAACAUGGAUCAAUGAGCACUGUGGCAAGUUCCAAUAAGUCUUUGAAUAAGAAGAUGGGAGCGAGGCUCUUUGAGAACUCUGCAUUCUUAAAUAAAACCGUUGGCGCUGUGAAAAAUGUCAGUAAUACCAUCAAGACGACCACACAGCAGGCUGCUACACAGCCCUGUCCAGGUCCAAGCUGCUGUGGCGCAAAAGAAGUCCCAAAAACGCAAGCAUGUAAUAAAAGGGUAAAACAAUCCGUAAAGAAACAACGGGACCCGAAACUAGCGGAGCGCUUCGAGAAACGGCUGACAGAUGAACUUCUCAAAAUAUUCGACGACUCGGAGAGUUUCUACUACUCGCGAACCCUGGACUUGACGAACAGUCUCCAGCGCCAGUAUGAGAUUGAGAAGAUCCUGGAAUCCGAAGCUGGUACUGGGAAACCAGUUGUGGACAUCACGAAGUGGUGGAAACAUGUCGAUGAUAGAUUCUUCUGGAACAAACAUAUGAUGAAGGAUAUCAUCGCUCUUGGGAGUCCAGAUUGCGACCAGUGGAUCCUACCAAUCAUCCAGGGCUACGUCCACCUGUCCCAAAUAGCCGUGGAGCCGGCAGACAUCAACCCUUUGAAUACGGAGUCCCUGUCCAACCCCAACACGUGUGAUGAAACCUUCACGCUCGGACUUAUUUCGCGGCGGUCGAGAUACCAGGCUGGAACCCGGUACAACCGUCGAGGUAUAGAGCCGGGCGGUAAGGUGGCUAACUACGUGGAGACUGAACAGAUCGUCUCCAUCAUAUGCUCAGACAGCAUACACAGGGCGUCGUUUGUUCAGGUUCGCGGUUCAGUGCCGAUAUUCUGGAGUCAACCGGAAUACAAGUUCAGACCGCCGCCUCGUCUCGAUCGAACUGAAGACGAAUCCCACGAAGCCUUCAAGAAACAUUUUGCCGAAGAACUGACGACAUACAAGAACGUAUGUAUAGUGAACCUGGUUGAACAACAAGGCAGGGAGCGCAUCAUAUGGGAGGCGUACGGCAACCACGUACUUAGGUACAAUAGCCCUGACGUCAUCUAUGCCACUUUUGACUUCCAUGAGUAUUGCCGCGGCAUGCACUAUGAGAACGUGAGUAUAUUGAUCAACGCGUUGGCUGACGUCAUCGGGGAGAUGCGCUUCUGUUGGCGCGACGACCGCGGCCUCAUCUGCACGCAGAACGGAGUCUUCCGGGUCAACUGCAUCGACUGUCUCGAUAGGACCAAUGUCGUGCAGACAGCAAUAGCAAAAUACGUGCUAGAGCUACAACUCUGUCGGCUGGGACUGGGCACUCCGGGCUGUGGGCUCCCGCCGUCACUGCGACAGGCCUUCCUCACUAUGUGGGCGGAUAACGGAGACGUCAUAUCUAGGCAGUAUGCUGGGACUAAGGCGCUGAAGGGCGAUUACACAAGAACGGGCGAAAGAAAAUUCACUGGACUAAUGAAAGACGGUGUCGCGUCAGCUAACAGAUACUACCUCUCAACAUUCAAAGACGCUCUCCGGCAGGUGGCCAUCGACGUGAUGACGGGCGAGUCCCGCAGCAUCCCGGACCAGCUGAUCGUGCCCGAGUGCGGGAAAUGCACCUCUGUUAAGGUUCUAAUGUUCAAUGACCACACGGAGCCCGACACGGCGGCGAUGGCGCAGCACGUGAAGUCUUUAAUAGACGACUGCAAGAAGUUACUGGUUGAUACCGAACCCGUGCUCGGGUCCUGGGGACUUAUCGAUGCUGAUCCUAAUACGGGCGACCCGCAGGAGACGGAGAUGGACAGCGUACUAGUACUGACGAGCUCCGCGUACUACGUGGCGGACUACGACGAGACGUCGGACCGACUGCUGGGCGUGCAGCGCGUCGCGCUCGCUGACGUCACGCUCAUCGAGCUGGGGCCCUUCGACGCCAACUGUACCACGCUAUUCAGCGUGGGCCGCAAGAACAACCCGGAGCCGGUGUACUGCGUGCGCAUCCACUACUCGUGCGGGGACGAGCCCGGCUACUUCCACAUGUUCCGCUCCACCACGCUGCGCUUCUUCAACAACAUGGCCGUCGUCAUCAACACCCGGGACGAGAUGAUCGAAUCUCUGCACUCGAUCUGCGAGUCGUUAAUGGUAGCGCGGGACGUUGCCAAGCUGCCCCCCAUCCCCUUCCACGACGGAGUCAAGUUGGAAAAGAGAAAAUCUAAAGCCCACCCCGGCCAGUCGGGCAACGCUCGGUCCUCGAUAUACCUGGACCUAUCCCGUCUGCCCACCCUCACGAGAAACGUAAGCGAAACGCAACUCGUCGCCGAUAUCCGAAGUGUUGGAUCAAAAGCCCUGACCAACAUGACGGAACAAUUUAGUAAGCUGAACAAACUGAGUCACUCGUUGAACGCGCGCGCACGACCCAGUUUACAAUUAAAAUUCGACCAGAGCGCUUCUCGCACUAAGAAGAUCUUCACCCUAGGACAAAACAAGGACAAUAAGAAAAAAGGCAGCCUCUCAGACGGCAUGAGCUCUGACUACUCCUCCGACGACGAAAACAGAACAAAUAUCUUCGAACCAACUCUAGACAACUUCGAAAAUACCCAGCACUACAUAGGCAAGCCAGCACAGAAGACCGAAGCAGAAAACGACUGCGAACUCAUACAAAAUCCUCUGUACUCCUCGAAAAUCGAACCGCAUGAAACACAGGACUUUAUUCCUUCAGAAAUAGUGACUAAUGUGGAGAAGCAAGCGAGUAAAACGCCCAGUAAUGUUAAUAAGAUCAAUCCGUUUAACAUUGAUGCGUCGAAGACACCAGAGAUUCAGGUGGACGGGGCUUUCGCGAAGCCUGCUCCUCCGAGUUCGUUGAUGUUGGCUCAGAAACUGUCUCACAGUUCCAAUGAGUUGAAUUUCGAUGAUGGUCAGUCGGAGGGAGUGAACUUCCACGUCCGUUCGAACUCUCAGCAUGAGAUCACGUUGAAUAUCGCGCAGUCGCACAGUGAGUCCGCCAUCAAGCAGUUCAAGAACAUCGCCAGUCCUGUCGGCAGUGCCACCAAGGAUAUGGUACUCUCGCCCUUGACGAAGUUGGCUAAGGGCGUCCAGAAUUUGGGCGCUAAUUUGGAUCCGAGAAAGAUUAAGGCCGCCCCAGCAGUAAAACAAGUAACAGAACAACAAUACGAGGAACACAGGAAACUACAGGAGAAAUGGCGCGACUGCAACACUAGGCUGGUCGCACUCUAAUGCCAGUGUUGCCAACUACAAACACAGUAUUGCCAGGUGAAAAAUUUAAACAGUAUACCGAAUAAUUACAAUUUAUUUAUUUAUUAUAAUUUAUUACGUGCACAAUUUAAUAAUUUUAGUAAUGUAGACUUAGUCUGCGUUAUUUAGUUUCAUAUUUUGACACCGUACAGUAUUUAGUGAGCUAAACGAAUGUAGUUUACGAAUUAACGAUACGAAUAGUUUGCAGGGUUGAAACGUAAUGUCCUUUAGAGUUAGGAAGUGGAUUUUAAGAUCUAAUGAUAGUAUACUCAAAUUCUACAAUAUGUUGAGGGCAGCCAAACUUAUAAAAGAAACAUUAAACAAUAUUUAACUUAAAUCGGUUGAAAUAAUAAAUUUAAUCCUGCAUUCCUUUGGCCUUGUCCAAUAUAAUUUUACUUGGAACUACAAUCCUCUUAUCUUUACGUUAUACGAAAACGAAACGAGAACGCGUUCGCGCUCUGACUGGCCGGCUCGAAUGUACCAACCAAUCAGAGCGCCGAACGCGGUCUCGUUUCGAUCUCGUUAAACGUAUAGUAAACUCGUACUGAGGGUACUGAAAAUUUUUAUAGUACGUUGAACAAAGUGUAAACAUAAGUUGGCUGUUCUCUAAAAAAACUUAAAUAAUUGCAAACAGCUUCCUAUAAAGUCUUCUAGCUAAAUUAAAUAAUAAUAUCUUCACUAUCUCAUACUAUGAUAUUUGCUAAAAUCAUUACUUUUUCAACUCUAAAUACAAACUACUAAACAGUAUAUUAACUAGAAUCAAACUCUUUCACACAUUUUCGAAAGUUCCUGUAAUAAAUAGUAACUUUAGCAGAAAAACAAAAAAAAAAAGUAUGAAACGAUAAUAAAAAAAUCUAACUGCGUUCUUCUACUUUUAUAACAAGUGACAUUCCUUUUAAAUAAUAUAACAAAUAGUAUUAAAAUAAGGCCUCAGUUAGUUUAACGGUAGCGUAAAAAUAUGUAUAAAACCAUAGACUCGCCGUAUAACAUAAUAACAAAACUGGCAAAGGAGGACUACCGUUAUUCACCAGGUGGCGACACUAGCUAGAAGUCAUAUUGUCCAAUCACAGCAACUUUAAAAAUUUAACAUCCAAUAGCGUGACACUAGUUGCUUCUCUAUUGGACGCAAAAAAAUUAAAACUCUAGCGCCACCUAGUGAGCAAAACAAACGGUAGCCCCCAUUGAGUGUACUUCAGUACCUCUCAGUAUAGAAUGCACUAAAGUACAUGGUAACUUAUAGUAUUGUUAUAAUUUAUUACUUGUAUUGUUAACAGUGUAUGAGUGUGUCAAGUUUGUUCCAAUACCGGUUAACCACAUACAAAUAAUAAGUUAAAGGUAUUUGUGAGAAUGGAAAAUCAUUAAAUAGCGGGGUUGGAGGGGGUGUCAGACUCUUACUGGCUGUAUACCACCCCGUUCUAACUUCUGCCCUAUGUACGGUAGUAGCAUGCCUUUGGCUAGCCUUCCUGUCUCACUCAUACACUGAUAACACUUCGAAUAUAUUGACAAUUUGAACCAAAAAGUAUAAACAUAGUUUAUGUAGUCGUAUCUAAGAAAUUACCACUCGAUUGAUAAAUCAUAUAUUAUUAGGAAAUUGCAGUAUUAUGUAAUAUAUCUAAACCGUUAAGUACGUAUUGACAGUUAAUAGAAAUUAUUUUAAAUUGCCAAUCCAGUUAUUUUGUAUCUAAGCAUGUUUUCAGACUUCAUUUUCUAUUGUAUACAAAAUUUUUUGCGCUGACUAGAGGGAGCCACUAUAGCUUAUGAUCUUAAUAAGAUAACUAUAAUAAAUAAGUGGCUUUUUAAACACGAUUACUAAACAGAAUUUUGACCCAAAUGUUUAUUUGUAAAAUCUUUGAAAACAUGCUUAGUGCUCUUAGUAUGAGUUUGCUUUACAUUUAAAGUAAACGAAAAGAAAGCGCGUUGGGCUCUCUGAGUAGUUGGUCCAUUCGCGCCGGCGAAUCAAAACGCCGAAUGCGGUCUUGUUUCGAUCGCGUUAAACGAAAAACAAACUUGUACUAAGGCCUCUGAUUAAUUAAUUAAAGAAAUUCUCCAUGUAAAAACUGCCCAUAUAGUUGGUAUAACUCAAGUAAAGGCUUGUACAAUAUGUAAUGUAUGUAAUGAAAUAUUCACUAUAAUAAUAAAUAAUUAUUUAAACUAACUUAUUAUUGCACCGAUUUAUUAGAAAAAUGUUAUUAUAUUAAUAUAUUUCAUCUAGUUGUUACGAUGUUAAAUAAGUAUCGCAUAGUGUUUAGUUUAAAAUUGUCGAGGAAUUGUUGAAUACACACCUACCUACUUAUCGAUGUCCAAACUUAACCAAUCUAUAUUUGUAUUAAAUUGUAAAGUUGUAUUUCAGUCGCACCUUUGAUAAUAUUGUUCAAUUAUAAUAUUAGACCAAUACAUUCUUAUAGCCGUUUUCACCAACCAUCUCGUAACUAAGAAUUACUUAAUUAACUAAAAAAAUCACUGUUUACUCACGUACAAUAAUGGAAAAAACUCUACUAGUUUUGGGUCACAAAGGGACUCGAAACUAGUAGGUAUUUCCAACAGUAGGCUGUGUGACGUCGUCGCGUCUGCGAACGCUGCUCGUACUGAAGAGGCUGAAGAGUCCCUCUGUGACUCGAAACUAGUAGAGCUUUUCUGUAUUAAUUUACGUGAGUAAACCGUGAUUUUUAGAUAAUUUAGUAUGUCUCACGAUAGUUAUUAUAUAAAAAAAUAACAUUACAUAGCGUGAGGGUGAGUCUAAACUAACCCUUUACCUUUACAUGUUACUUAAAGGUUGAUGAAAACCAAAUUGUCAUCAAGUACCAACUAUCUUAGAGGGUCUUUAAAAAAUUAAGAGAGGUGGGUGAAGACGGGCGUAAAAUGUUAUAAAAUUGUUACAUAACUUAAUAUCUACUGAAUGUAAUCUUUAUAAAGCUGAUGUUUCGAUACAAAACGGUAUUUCCUCAAAAAAUAUAAUUCGAAAAUUCACUCCAUAUUCUUACUUCAAAUUGUUAUAGUAAAUUGAAAAGUGAGAAUUAGUAUUAUAGUAAUUCCAUUUAGUAUGUAAAAAUAAAUGUUUAAAGUAUAUACCUAGUUAAUUUUAGUAUUUACGUCACAAAUUAUUGUUUUUUCUUUUAGUUUAAUUGUGUAUUUCAGAUGUAAAGCUUUAUUAUGGAAGAAAUUGGGCUUCCUUUGAAACAUGAACAAGUAACAUCAGAUACGCAUUUCCAGAUUAACUUUUAUAAGUUCAUGUGUCCAUAAGAUCAUUAACAUUUCAUAUGUAACCUCGCUUCGAACAUUUAAACCAAAAUAUACAUAAAAUAAUUAUUACGCCAUACUUUGCCUCUGGUCGUGUUUAAGCCGUAGAGUAAACGCUAAACUGAUACUAGGGGGCGCCACUUUGUAAUUAGGUCUCAUACCGUGCAUCAUUUAUAUGUAUUUUCUUGUUAUAUACGGAAAUUGGUGUCGAAAGUUUUAACUUAUUUUAUCUGUAUGUGAUUUAAAGACUCAGUGGCGCCUCCUAGCAGGGUUUAGUGGUAUUAAGACUCCGUAUUUGGUAAACAAUGGAUCUGCCGCGUAGCCGUGUGUUCUAAGGUAAUUUGUGGACUUGUGCGAGUGUUAGCAGCGUAGCUCGUAGGAUUUUAUAUUAGCUUUAUACUCGACGUAGCGGACCGCCGCUUAUACAUAAUAAUUAUAUUAAAAAAAAUAAACAGCGUAUGCUUCGAACUUUUUGAAAAUGUACUCAAAUAUUAGAAUCUUUUUAAACAAUUUAUUUCUACCAUUGUUUACGCUGCGGUUUAUAAAAAUAAAAUACUGUAAUCGUAAUUGUUCUAUAGCACUGUCUAUUUACAAAAUGUAAUUUUAAUGUAAUACGAAAUAUUUCGCUUUGUUCGAAAGCUACAUAUUUUCCGGAUUUUCUCACUUUUGUGAAGCUUAAUGACUGAUAGGAUGAAAUAGAAAAAGUUACGUAGAAUUUGUAGGCCGCAAAUAGAGAAUGGAUAUUUCUAGAUGGUUGUUGACUUAGAACGAGCCAGUGUUGCCAACAAGACUAACAUGAAAUUUGCUAAAAGGCUGUUGAAAACAUGCCAAAAUUUUGCCAAGGCUUUAUAAUUUAAGCUAAAAAUUAUGCUAAUAAUUUUCGAUGUCAAAUAAAACGUCAUUUAACUUAAAAUAUUAUUUAUUCAACAUUGUUAUCAAAUAUAAGUUAAGUUUUAAUCGUGUAAAUUAUCAAAAAAAAUAUUUAUAUCCUGGUCUUAACGUAUCUCAAUCUCAAUAUAACGACUCGUUAUAUUGGCAACCAGUAUUGUCACCUUAGGUCUCAUGAAAUGUCGACGAUAUUUACAUCGCAAGGUAUCAAGAAAGUGGUUUGUUUCAUGGUUUAACUUUUAUUAAAUAAUUAAUUGAUAUGCUAAAAAAUAUGCUAUAUGCUAAAUAACAAAAGAAAAAGCUAAACGAUAUAAGAUUAUGCUAAAUAUAGCAUAAAAUAUGCUAAAUUGGCAACACUGGAACGAGCGUUGCUUGUAGAUGGGUUCUAUAUUAGGUACCACGCGUGGUUAUUAUAAUACCAAUAUAUUAGAAAGAAAAUGUAACUGUCGGUUAUAAUUGAGCUGUUUAUUUUAAUAAAAUGUCUAGGGGUAGUUUUGUUGCCAACCUCUUUAUAAAAGUUGGUAAAAUUCAAGUUUGGUGAGUAGCUAAUGCCAAGAAAUAUAAAUCCCAACACCAUGCGUAAAAACAUUUUUUUUUUUACACACUUGAUCUUCGAUUUUACUUGUGUUACCAAUUAAUAAAAUAUUCCCGGCAAAUUAUUGAUAUAUUUCUUAGUGGCUUUGGCUUAAAAUAAUCGACGGUUACGUUUAAAAAAAAUGUUAGUCAUUAAGCGCGCUACAAAACUGACUGUAUUAAUAUUACCGUAAUACAUCGAUGUUAUAAACCAUAUUUAGAUCUGCUUAGAAUGUAUUUUGGUUUGAAAUGUUAUCAUGGAAUCGUUGAUAUUUUAUUACUUUUAUUAUUUAUUUCAUUUAAACCUUUUUAAAUGGACCGAUUUCUCUGUAUUGCCAACAUCAAAAAAUGUUACAGUGUUACCUAUUUGGAAUAUAAACAAUAAAAUGACGCUUUUAUAAAAUCCUACCAAAACGCGUACAAAACUGUUGUAAUUACGUAUUUAUUUAGGUCGUUAUUUUUAAAACGUAGGUCAAUUUUUAGAAGCCGUAUGUCGGCUUUUGUGGCUUUGCCUUACCCUCAGCCAAGUUGACUCAAUAAGAGCCUCUUAAGUAACGUGUCCAUAAAAGAAAUGCCCUUUAAAAAUUACGAUUCCUUUAUUAAACACGUUACCUUUCGGCGUCUGUUAAAAAUCCUUUCGUAUUUCUUUCAUAUCAAAAUGCCUGUUACGAGUUUGUUUUACUUUAACGAAAUCGACACCAUACUGCGUUUAGCCUACUGAUUGGUUGAUAAGUUUGGAGGCAGCCAAUCAGAGCACCGAACGUCAUAAACGUGUUGAUUUCAUUAACGUAACUCACACUGGGUGAUUUCAGACAGUCAUCUUAGCUAAGGGAGCAAGCCACAGACGUCGUUUCACGGCUAAAUACACCCGUAUCUAAUAAGUUACGAUAUAAGUAUGUAGUAUGUUUGCUAGUACAAAUUGUUUUAGCAUUAUAAUAAAUUAAUAUUAUGAGGCGAUUAAUUUAAUAUACGUUAUGUGUAUAUUUGUUUCUUAACGUCAAUCCAUUUAGUAUGAAAUUUAAUUUGAAUCGAGUUGAUGUGUAUCCAAAGAAGCUAAAACUGCUUUCAUUCGUAUUUUGAUUGUAAACUAAUGGGUAAUUGAGGCUAGUUCUUCAAUAUGGCACGUAGCAAGAAGUGAUGGAUUAGAUUCUGUUGAAAAUUGCCUCAAAUAUUUGCAAUAUUGUACAACUGUCACAAAGUAAAUCGGGAAAUUAUAUAUUUUUUUAUUUGGCUACACUUAAUAUAUAAAUUAUGAUUACACAGAUCAUACAAAGAAAUGUUUCUGUAACGUUGAUAAAACUAAAUUAUUUUUAAAUCAAUUUUAAACAAUACCACUAAAAUCUAUUAUUAUUUUGUGUUUUGUCUGUGAUUUAUUUAUGUAACAGAUUGUUUUGGUUAUUAUUUAUUUUUUGACCAUGAAUAAAUGAUGCUUUUAACGAA